UUCAAAGGUGUUCGGGGACGUAUCAUAUUGCGGUGUCAACACUGAAAACUUGAGAAACCAGAGAGAAGGAAGCAAAUUUCAGUAUUUCGGAUGAUCGUUCCGGGAACUUCAAUAAUAAUCCAGUACCUUCAAGACUCGGUAUGCUGGUUGAUUGCAGGCCCGGGGUGGCCGUAUGCUCUUAGAGUUCAGAUUGUUUUUCCGGGUCUUCUGGAUCUGUCAACUAACCAAGACCAGAAAGAGCGCCGUGACACCCCUCGGAGGUGAGGCGCCGAGGGGACAGACUGCGGGGGUUGAGACGCUCCGGCAUCUAAACUCAACAUGCCGCUGUUUUUCCGUAAGAAGAAGCCCAGCGAUGACUCCAAAAAACGCCUGGAGUAUCAGUUGUGCCUGUCUAAAGAGGCCGGGGCUGACGAUAUCUUGGACAUAUCGGCCUGUGAGCUGACAGAGGUGCCGUCCACAGCCCUUUCCAUAUGCAAGGUCCUGCAAAAGAAGGUCUUCAUCCUUCAUGGAAAUGAACUGAAAGCUCUCCUGCCCAAAGGAUGCUCCAUCACCUCACUGGCCACCCUCAAGGUUCUGGACCUCCAUGAGAACCAUCUGACAUCACUUCCAGAAGACAUUGGACAGCUGAAGAUGUUGCAGGUGCUCAAUGCUGAAAAGAACCAAAUCAAGGUACUCCCAGAAUCCAUUGGGGAUCUUCACCUUCUGCAGACGCUUAACAUGAAGAGUAACCUCCUGAGUGAGCUGCCCUCUACCUUGGGCGGCCUGUCUAGCCUGCGCACACUGGACAUCAGUGAGAACCAGGUGUGGGAGCUGCCCAUGGCGCUGGCACACAUUCGGACCCUGGAGUGCCUCACGCUGGAUGCCGCCCAGAUGACGUUCCCGCCCGUGUCCAUCUGCAGCGGGGGCACUGAGGACAUUCAGCGCUUCCUGUGUGCGGGGAUCGGUGUGGAAUACUGUCCCCCCUCUCAGUACCUCUUGCCAGUUCUGGAGAAUGAUAGGGGGCUGCUGGAGGAUGAUUGCGUGGAUGGGGAGCAGGACGCUUGGCAGAAUAAAUUCCAGGACUACGCCAAGAGGAAGGAGCAGAAGCAGCAGGAGAAGCUGGAGUUCGAGCGGCGGCUUGAGGAGGAGCAGCGGGAGCACGCGCAUCUCCUCCACCUCAACAACUUCCGCAAGGAUGACAUCCUGCAGUCAGUCAGGCAGGAGCAGGAGCGGCUGGAGCAGGGCGUGUCCCAACAGCAGAGGGCGCUAGAGGCUGAAAGGUUACGCCUGCUGGGACAGCUCAAGUUGGCAGAGAACAACCUCACCUGCCGCAUUGCACACCUGCUCCAGGAGAACAAGAGUCAGAAGAAGAGCAUGGAGUUCCUGCAGGCCCUGGAAGAGGACCGGAUACGUUUAGAGCAGCUAACCUCCAUCACCCAGGAGGAGGCCAACUCCCUACGCAAGAAAGAGGUGGCAGCCGCGAUGCAGCAGAUGCUGUCAGAGAGCUACUCAAUGCACCUCCUGCAGGAGGCGAACGAGGUCCGCAGGCACAACCUAGUGACAGAAGCGUGCAGGAGUUUGGAGAGUUUGGAUAAGAAGUUUGACCAGGUGCUGUCCCUGCAGCAGCUCGACAAAACCAAGGCCAUCGCUCAUAUUCUGCAAGAGGAGGAGAUGCAGAAGGCAGCGUUUCAGGCAUUGCAGCUACAGAAGGACAGCAUGCAUGGCUUCAUCAGGAGCCAGAUUAGGCUAAUAGAAGCUGAGUUAAUGCAGCUGACUAAACUGGAGGUAAAGCGACGCAAUCUGGAUACCGAGAAUUUGCAGGAGAUCCUGAGUGAGCAGCGGGUCGCCCUGACGGACCUGCUGCAGCAGCUUCUCAAACAGAAGGACCAGCGGGAGGUAGAACUCAGACACAUCCUGGCGGAGCUAGAGAUGAAGAGUGAGUCCAACCAACAGAACUACUGGAUGAUUCAGUACCAGAGGCUCCUGGAUGCCAAGCCGCUGUCACUGCGCAUGCAGGAGGCUGGAGUGGAGCAGGGGCUGGUGUCUCUGCUGUGCAAGCUGUCUGCGGAGCACUACCUCCCGGUGAUCGCUCACCACCGCCUGACCGCCGAGGCCCUACGUCACAUGACCACGGCCGAUCUGGCCAAGCUGGGAAUCAGAGAGGUUGGGAUCCAGAAGGCUCUUCUCAGCUGGUGCCGAACACAGGAAGUCUCUCCCGCUAAAGCUGCCCAGCCUGCAGAUGCAGGUGCCAGCCCCCUUGCACCCAGCGCCCCCCCCCUCCUGUCACCAGAAACCCAGGUGCUGCCGUGCCUCCCUGGCCAGGCGGUGGCGGAGGUCCCCUCGGCCCCCAAGCUCCAGGAUGAGGCACCCGGGAGCUCGGAGUGUGUUGUAUGCAUGGAGAUUCAGUCCCAGGUGGUCUUCUUGCCUUGCGGCCACGUGUGCUGCUGCCAGACGUGCAGCGAUGUCCUGCAGAGCUGCCCCCUCUGCCGCAGCCACAUCUCCCAGCGCGUCCGCAUCUACCACCACUAGGGGGCGUCACAUGUCCCCCACACAUGCUGCUUGCCAUUCUGCUAUGAGGAAACCGCUCGCCCAAAGAUGGAAUAACAAAACCCAGCAAGAUCUCAAACCCUGUGCCUUUACCCUAUCAUGCAUUAAUCUUGCUGACUGGUCAAUGUGAGUGAUUGACUUCCUAAUGAAGGUUUCGUGGUUUUGCUGGCCUGGUGAAUCCUGUAGCCUGGUUCCUGGCACUGCCCUUGCCACUCCUGGAUCUGGGUGGUGCUCCCCUUCUCAGCAGCAUAGGGUCCGUGGAGCACUUCAGACCUGAACUUACUGGGAUAGUAAGGCGCCCCCUGCUGGCUGCCUGUUGGAUGGUCAUCACAGCCGUUGGCCUGGCGAAUUCUCCCCCACAGCCACUGCUGUCACCUCUACACAUCUCAGAACUCGCAGGAAUUUUGCUCGUGUAAAGCUCCUGAGCUGUGUUUUUUACAUCCAUGGCUCAAGGUGUAGGAUGUUUCUGGUCAGUGUAUCAUAGACAUUUUCACAGGUGCAUAUUGCAUGGAAACCAUUCAACCGCAAUGAAAUAUUAAUCACAGUAAAUAAUGUUAGUCUCUGUCAGAUUACCGUAAUUGUCCAAGUGGUCCAGUCUCUCGUGUCGGUUAUUUCAACAGUGCCUGAUGAUGAAAUCUUUGAUGGUAUCAUACCGAACUCUGUCUUCUUAUUGAAUAUGCAAAUGGCCUCCUGAUUGAUAUGGUAUACACGUGAUUGGUUUCAGAAUAAAGUCUCUGUGUAGUGUGUUGUACAGUA